CCCAAAUCCCUCGAAGAGUCAAACAUCCAUUUCUUCAAUAUUUCCCCUUGUCCUAGCCCAUCCUGAAAAUGGAGUCCCUUAGUCAAGAAAUCCUGGAAUUAAUCAUUCCUCAUCUCUUUGAAACCCCCCCAAUCAAAAAUCCCACGCCCGGGGACCCCAAACCAGUUCUAAACGUCGCCCAGUACGCGACCAUCUCGCGCAAAUGGCAAAACGCAGUGGAACGCUUUACAAUGGCGGACAUUAAGAAAUACAGCACCGAUCUGGACAUGUUCCGUCAAGUAUUCUCAUCUCCACGACGAAGAAAUUUUUUGCGAAAGCUGGACUAUGAAAUCGACCUGCCGGCCUACAGCAAGAACCGCAUAUUCUGUAUCGAAAGAAGGAGAGAAAUCAAAGCAAACAAUGAAGCUUUCAGUCGAGGCGUAACGGACUUUUUUGAUGUCAUAUCCUCCUGGAGAACGCAGGGCAUCGAUUUAACUCUCGGUGCAUCCUCACCUACGGAUUAUGGUCGGAGACCGCCAGAGCUUGAUUCUGGGUUGUCACACGAGCGGUGGAGCUUUGAAGAUAACUACCUUACUUUAGACGAGGUUUCUUUGUCCCAAUCACCGUCUAUUGAAGCCUUAAGUAUUGCCAACGGAACACGCUACCUGCAUCCUUCGGCUAUUGGGAAGAUUAUCGCCUCAUUGCCCAGUCUGGAACGGUUGACUCUGGAACUAAGCGCACCCAAGGCUAAACAGGUAGAGAUGCAAAAUGAACAUAGGCUAUGCCUUGCAAAGGCAUUGGAGUCGCCAUCAAUAAGUAACCUGCGGACAUUGAACAUCUACACCGAGCGAGGCAUUCCGUGUAACCACAACUUCAAAAACCGACCCGAUGAUCCCAACUACCCAGAUGGAGAUGUCUUGAAUGUUGCCAUUCGCAAACUGGCAGAGAACACUCGUCUGACAAACCUCAAUCUCACCGAGGAUUGGCUGGUCUCACCUGCACUAUUCAACGGAGAAAAAACAUUUCCAUAUCUUGAGAAAGUGCAGAUUCAAGGAGCGCUCAUUACUUACGAUGGUCGAUGGUAUUACACCGGAAAUCCUACCGAUGUCGAAGCAUAUUAUGAACAGUCUCGGGAUGAUACAUACGAUGUCGAUGACUCUGACUCAAACUCUUCCUUUAAUUCUGAAUUCGGGGAUUCUCUGCCAGAAUGCAGAGAGGUCCUUUUGAACGGUGGCGACCCCCAACAUAUGUGGAGGACACAGCCAGAUCCGCAGAUGUUCGAUCCUCUCAUGAAGAUAAUGGCUACUGCAGUACUCCGGAUGCCUUCACUACAGAAUCUCUACUUCUCGAUGGGGAUGAGUUCUAUGUUCUAUCAUGGUAUCACAUUUGAAUACUUGAAUCCCGGAGAGCACCCCGAGUGGUUUGAAUACCCUCGAAAGACCGUCGAGCUGGAUACGACCCGGUGCUACGUAACAAUUAUGCCCGAAGCAAGGUGGGAUGUUCCUGGUGAUAUCGCAACUCUGUGGAAGAAAAUUGUCGGAGAUAAGGGUGUCGUUGCUGUUGAGCCUUUCCCAAUGUAAUAUAAUUCAAACUAUCACCAGGGAUCAUUUCUUGAUGAAAAAUUGAUGUACUUGAACUGAUAAGGAAUACGAAUCGAUCGUGAUUGCGAAAGAG